AUGCCACUUUCCACGGAACAUGUCCAACCAGGUAGCCUUUGCUGUCGUAGAAAAGUACAUCCAAUAUUUCUCUAUUUUAUUAGAUGAUGCUCUGCAAUAUAUCCUGGAAACUAUUUUAGCUAUACUAGAGUAUUAAUAUUACAUUUAAGAUGGUUGCAUGCAUUUAGUUCUUUAACCUAGAGUAUUAUUAUCUAUUGUAGUUCACUAAUCAAUGUGCUCUGUGUUGUUGAUGCAGUUACAUCUAAAGCAAAGUCCAUGCAAAAAACCCAAAUGCAUGCAUGCACAGAAGCAGCCUCUACUCUUUGUUGAACAUGACCUAACCAUCUCAAUCUAUUCUUCUUGAGACUACUCCUAGGCUGUUUUGAAUGACCUUGUUCUUAAUUCCAUCCUUCAUAUUCUUUCCACGCAUCCAUCUCAACAUCCUUAUCUUUGCAACAAUCAUCCUUGUCUUCACAACAAUCAAUCUCUACUCAUCUUGCUUUCUAACCGUCCUACCCAAUUCAGCAUGCCUGGUCGAAUGAUUGUUCUAUAAAACUUUCCCUUGAGUUUCAUAUUGCUUCAAGGCCACCCAAUCAUUUGGUUGAGGCCUAAAUAUCGCAGAUUGUGUGAUCAGGCCCAUUUAUGGAUUCAUAUUGCAAAUUAUGCUCACAUUAGAGCUAUCCAAGGAUCCAAAUACAUAUUAGGCCUAUCAAACCAUCCAAAUUGAAUAUUUGGCCAUCCAACCAUUUAGAUUGAGGAGCUGGAGUACAUCAAUGAUUUAUACCAACCUGAUUGACCAUUUGGAUCAGAUCAAAGGUCCUGAUGGUUAUUUAGGGCCAGAUCAAUGGUCCAAUAAGAUUGUGGGACCAAAAAUAAUAGGAUGGCACUAACUGAAGGCUGGUUGGACAAUGGGACGCAAGUACAACCACUACACUGCUCGACUUUAUAUACUAACCAUAUAAGUGAAAAGGGUGUUUUGUAUGACCACACAGGCCACUACAUUCAUGCAAUUGUUAUAGAUACUAAUACAAGUUGGAAUCUUUAAUCUGGUUUCCUUAUUUUUAGUUUCUUUCUUGUAUUAUAACAUUAUCAAGAUAAGGUAAACUAUGCAGUUUAAAGUGAGAGCCAAUAUGAAUUAAGCCCCGGUAAUUGAUGAAAGAAAAGAACAAGGAAUUAGGGUCUCUACUCAUGGCUUGGUGGUAGACUCACGAGAGUUUCAACACAGAGGUCAUGGGUUCGAGUACCCAUUCUUUUCCUUUUCUGAGAGAUAUAUCCUUACAAAUGGAAAGUAAAUGGAUGCCAUCAUAAACAUAUAUUCUAAAAAUUGCAUUCAACUUUUGACGCUCCCCUUCAUGCUAAUAAGCAUUCCUUUAUCAUUCAAAGAUUCGCUUAUGAAUGAUUGAAAAAUUUCCUGCCUGGUGGUAAUGUCAGCCUCCAUUGCUUCAUACCAAUAAAUGGUCUCACUCAAUAAACAAAAAGUAAGACUGAAAAAUUUACUUCUUAGAAAAUGUCUUGCUCAGUACUUCUGUCACCUUCUUUCUCACUAAAUGGCAGAUGACCUGACCUUUAAUGGUUGGGUUCUUUCAUUAAAGAUAUGUUUUUUGAAGCUGUGUGUGUGAUGUUCUGACAUUGUAAUUAGCACAGAAUUAGGCUCGUUGUUCAUCUACACCUGCAAUUAGCUUCUCCCAUGACCAUGAGGCCUUAAAACCAUUUUACCAACUGCAGAAGGAAACGUGAAAUUUCUUCAUAAAGAGAUUCAGAACGCUGUUGGCGUUCAAUGGAGCAGUUGGUGAUCUGAUUCUUGAGUGUUUCAAGGGGCCAUUCAAAGGUUAUAAGAAGACAAUGUGGAUGCUUUCUCUUUUUGGCAUUCUUUGGGGAAUUUAGAAAGAGAGAAACAACAGGGUGUUUGAGGAUAAGUCUGCUCCUAAUGUAAUUUUGAAGAGAAACAUAUUGGCAAUGAUUAUUAAUUGGGCCUUGGUGAGGCAUGAUUUCAAUGGCUGCUAAUUUUGAAGCCUGUUGAGAGAUUGGGAUGGAGAUUUUGGUGAUUCUAGCUGAUGUUUCUGUCAGUAGCAGGGCCCCUUUCUGUUUUUCUUGUUUUUGUGUUUGCUUCCUUUUAUCCAGAUUAGUGUAGGGUCAAGUUUUCAUAUUGUACAAGUUUUCAUGUGUUGGAUAAUGUGUAAAAAUUGGAAGUGGGAUUACUAGUUCUAUUUGAUUGAUGAUGUUUGUAUCAAUAUGCUUUUCAUUGAUUUAUUAAGAUUUUCAUCAACUUGACAUCUUCUUUCUUUUGAGUAAGAGCCAGCCAUUCUGCAUGUGAUAGGUUCUCUCACUAUUUCCCCUUCUUCAACCCUUAGUAGCUGUUGUGGGUUGGGAUCUAUUGUCUGGUAAAACAGAAGCACGAAAGAAGUUAAUGCGACUUCUGUGGAUAAGUAAAUCACAGCUUCUCACUUUCUCUGUAACCUGAGGGAGAGACUCCAUUCGUAGGAUCUUGUUGGCUAAGUCAUCAACCUAUAACAAGCUUGGCGUCCUUAUGAGUAGGGGAAGAAAAUCAUGUCCAAUGUUGAUAAUAACAUCAAAGGUUGGAAUUCAAGGUUCCGCUUUGGUGUCAGUGGGGAGACAGGUUGGAGAUGAAAUAGAUGUUCGAGUGGAAGAAGCUCAUCCACGCAAUGAUGUCCUCUCUCGGAAGGAUGUGUAAGGAACUCGAGAUGGUAUGCUUACCAAGUUUUAACAUUGCAUGGAGAUCGGCCUUGGCUUGCUUCACAUCAAUGAGGAAGAUUUAUGGCAGGCUGCAUUUCUGCUUGGCACAGAGUGGCAUCAACUAGAUUCAGUCUAUAAAAUCAACUGGGACUUCUCAAAUUUAGAGAAUGCUUUCGAGGAAGGGGGAGAACUUUAUGGGAAGAAGGUUUACCUCUUUAGUUGCACAGAACCUAAAUUGGUUUUCUUAAAAAAUGGUGAAGGGAAAGUGAUGUAUCCCUGUUGUGGUGGCGAUAUGGAGCUUUACUAUGAAGUCGGCAUGUUGCAAACAUGAGAUUGUUAUCUAAACAGAUCCCAAGAAUUGCGAAUAUGUGAUUAUUAGUGGGGCCCAACGUAGAAUAAAGUUUGACAUUGAGGAUGCAGAGACAUUUGCCCUCCCAGCAAAUAAAGAGAGAGGCAAGCUUGCAGAUCCAUUCUAUUGCCUCGAGCAUCAUGAAGAAGAAAGAAGCUGAGCCGUUACUGGUGCGCCUCCAGCGAGUUUCUCAUAUUAGGCAUGCAGAUGACUAUGCCCUCAACAAGGCUCUACGUGCUCAACUAAGGGUAUGUUAUUUUGUGUUGGGUUUUCAUACGCAGCCUUGUAGAGAAUAAUUUAAGGGGUCUUACUCUUCAAGAAAUGUAUAGUUUGCUAAAGUGGAAGAUUUACUGGGCCCAUAAUUUGGUGAUCUGAGCCAUUCUUCAGAUGUGCCUCAUUGUGCAUAGGGAUGUCGAGAAAUUUCCCGGAUUGGAAGAAACCGACCCUUUGAAUUUUGUCCUCUUUUCCCACUGAAUGUGGAUUCUUGUUGUACUUUUUAACCGUCUAUGUGAAAGCUACAGUAUUGAAGUGUUAGUAUUUAUAAUCCUUGUCUAAGAAAUGGGUAUAUCUAGUUUUGGAUGUAUGUUGAUUAGACAAUUAAUUUUCAUUA